CCUAAGGUGUAUAUUAAUGGAGAAUACGACACUAUGUCCCACGGACAAUCACGAAGCCGCGAAGAUAACGCGUAAAACCGACUCGAGUGUCUACGAAAAGAGAAAUAAAGUUUCAGAACGAGCAAAACACAGACACGACUCGACACAAAAUGACAGCAACAAAUUCGAUUUUAUUUUACACUGCAAUCGUCGUGGCUCUCUUGGCGAUACUAUUAUUGUCGUCAUUUUCCAAGUUGAACGCGUAUUUACGGCACGCUAUACUAGCCGCUGACAUACCAGGCCCGAGCGGUUGGUUUUUAAUCGGCCAACUACCGAUACUGACGAAAGGACCGCAACAAUGUUUGAAUUGCUUAACGAAAAUAUAUAGAAAAUAUGAAAUGGGACCGUUCAAGUUGUGGUUGGGUCCGUACUUGUGCGUGUUCGUAACGAGGCCGGAACACAUCAAAGUAUUACUGAAUCAUAACAAGGCGUUGAAAAAAGGUAUUCUAUACUCAUCUGCUCGAGAUUCUUUUGUCAGCAAAAGUUUGGGCGUCAACAACGAUUUGGUCACGUGGAAAAAUCACAGAAAAGAAGUGACCAAAUGUUUUUCUCGUGCCCACCUGAAGACGUACAUAGAAAUUGCGGCCGAACAGGCCAAUGUCGUGUGCGAAAAAUUCGUACGGGAUCGACACCCUGAGUCGGACGAAUGCGAAGUGAGCGCUCCGUUUUUUAACAUGACUAUGGACAAUAUGCUGACGUCCGUGUUCGGCGCGGACAACAGACGCAAAGACGAAAGCGAACGCCAAAUGAUCGAGUCCAUCGGAACGUCGGUACAGAUCAUGGCGUACAGGGUUUUCAAUCCGUGGUAUAUGAGCAAUACCAUUUUCCGUUUGUCAGCGUUGAACAAAAUCGAAAAAAACGCCAGAAAAAUGAUUCACGCACACGCCGAUUCUCUAAUCAAAACUAUAAACGCAAAAUGGAGACGAAACACAAAUGACGGUGAAGUGGAAAACGAUGAAAAAGACAAUUACAGUGUGAAACCUGCGACAAUGGUCGAAACGUUGUUGGCCAACCGAAGUGACAUGACGCUCGACGAUAUAAGGCGCGAAGCCGUUUUCUUGUUAAUGGCUGGCAGGGAUACCUCAGCUUUUACCAACAGUUGCGUAUUAUUUCGUUUAUCUCAUCACCAAGACGUCCAAAACAAAGUAUUCGACGAACAAACAGCAAUAUUCUCAACGGGCGAUCCUCACAGACGGCCGUCGUACGAAGACUUGACGAAAAUGGAAUAUCUCGAGCGAGUCAUCAACGAAACGUUGCGGUUGCAUACGCCUAUCGCCGUGAUUACAAGACGGGUCGAAGAGGAUAUACUUAUAGACGGAAAACUUUUGCCGGCCGGCGCUACCGCUUUUUUUAGCAUCAGAGAUUUACACAAGAGUCCUCUGCACUACAGGGACCCGGAAAAAUUCGACCCCGACAACUUUUCCCCGGAACGGUGCGACGACAGGCAUCCGUACGCGUUCAUGCCGUUCAGCGGCGGUCUCCGGAGUUGUAUCGCUCACAACAGCGCCAUGUUGCAGUUGAAGACCACCGUGUCCACCGUAGUGAGAAGAAACCGAAUUCUUGCUUCGGAAAAAUAUCCCACCGUAGAUCACCUCGAGUUCAAGCACACACUGCCGACGACGUUCCAAAACGGAUGUUUCGUGAAAAUACGACCGAGAAAAUUAUAAUUCCAACGUACCGGUGUAAUUAACACGUGUUAAUCAAAAAAAAAAAAUGAAAGACAAUAUAACACUUUAGUCAUUUGCGUUUAAAUAAAUGUGUUUUAUUCGUGUAUUCGUAAUAAACGAGUCGCCUCCCCCCGUACUAAUUGGA